AUGGAUAUUCAAUACGUUUAUACUAAAAAACGUGCGGAAUUUGGUCGACAAGUUCAUUUUACUGAUCGACCAGUUGAAAUAGUUGCUGAUAUUCAACCAAAUCCUGAAUUAAUUCAAGAAUAUGUUGCUCGUAAUCCAGUUGACAUAGGAGUACAAAAUGUCCGUGAAUUUUCUGAACAUUGGGUAAAUACAGUUCGAUUUGAAACAGAAAAUCGAGGAAUUAAUCAUGUUGAAGGUGGUUGGCCUAAAGAUGUUAAUUCACUUGAACCUGAUCAAACAUCACGUUUUCGAAAAAAAACUGAAAAAGAAGAUGGUUAUGGACGUGCUAUUCUAUCAUUAGGACAUUCAAUUGAACAUACAAUCAAACAAAAUAAUGCUAUUGAUAUUUAUGAAAAUUAUUUUCAAAAUUUAGAACCAGAUGUUGUUGAAGAAGCGCCUUAUGCUAAAACUAUAAAUAUCUAUCGUGAUCCUCAUAGUACUCAACGUACAGCUAAUCAUAUCUCAUGGUAUGCUGAUGGACCACGAAAAAUAGCUGUUUCAUAUUGUAAUUUGGAAUUUCAAUCAGCAACCAGUGAUUCAUUUAUUGAUUCAUAUAUUUGGGAUAUUGAAAAUCCGACUAAACCUGAACUUUAUCUCAAACCAAUAUCGCCACUUGUUUGUAUUGAAUUUAAUCCUAAAGAUACACAUCAACUUGCUGGUGGUUGUUAUAAUGGUCAAGUUUGUAUAUUUGAUACACGAAAAGGUAGUACAGCUGUUGAACAAUCGCUUAUUGAAAAUAGUCAUCGCGAUCCAGCUUAUAAAGUCAUUUGGUUACAAUCGAAAUCUGGUACUGAAUUCUUUUCGGCUUCAACUGAUGGCAAAGUUCUUUGGUGGGAUACUAGGAAAUUAUCUGAACCAGUUGAAACUUUAAUAUUAGAUAUUGAAAAGAAAGGUCGAAUAGAAAAUGCACUUGGUGCUAUGUCACUUGAAUAUGAACCAACUAUGCCAACAAAAUUUAUGGUUGGUACUGAACAAGGUCGUAUUAUAUCAUGUAAUCGUAAAGGAAAAAAUGAUGCAGAAAAAAUUGGUAGUGUAUUUCCAGGACAUUGGGGUCCAGUUUAUGCACUACAACGUCAUCCAAAUUUUACUAAAAACUUUUUAUCAGUUGGAGAUUGGACUGUACGUAUUUGGUCAGAAGAAUUACGAGAUGAUUGUAUUAUGUGGACAAAACCAAGUAUGCAUACAAUUACUGAUGCUCAAUGGUCACCAACACGAUCAUCUAUUUUUUAUACAACUAAAAUGGAUGGUACAUUGGAUGUUUGGGAUAUAUUAUUUAAACAAAAUGAACCAACUUUAUCAAUGCAAGUUGUUGAUGAACCACUUCAUUGUUUACGUGUACAAGAAUCACAAGGUCGUCUUAUUGCAUGUGGAUCACAAAAUGGUACAGUAACAUUAGUUGAAGUAUCUGAUAAUUUAUGUACACAAGGAAAAAGUGAAAAGACUUUAGUUAGUGGAAUGUUUGAUCGUGAAACACGACGUGCGAAAAUACUUGAAGCACGUGGAAGAGCUAAACGUGAUGCAAGAACAAAAUCAGCACAAGGCGAAAAAGGUGAAAAACCAACAACUGAAGGUGGAACAGGUGAAUCGGAUUUGAAAGAAGCUGAUCCAAUUGAUAAAGCUGAAAAAGAUUUUUGGAAAAUAAUUGAAGAAGAAAAACGAAGACGAGAUCGAAAAUUUGUUGCAGAUGAUGAAAAAGCAGCUGGGGAAAGUGGAGCAGUAACUGA